AUGUCGGGGACUCGCGGCGUCGAGGGCAAGGAGGCGGGCGGCGGCUCGGAGCUGGAAGACGGGCAGUGCGACUCGGGCUUCGGCUGCAGCCGCUCCCUGCCCGGCGAGCCCCGGUCGCCCUCGGCGGCCCCCGGGGUGGGAAGGGGCGCCGGCCCCCCGGGCCCGGGCCAGGCAAGGGCGGACGCCUCCUCGGAGGCGGAGGAGAGGCUCGACUCCAGCUACGGCUCCUCGUCUCUCGUCGAGGCCUUGCGGGGGCUGGGGAAGGCUCCCGAAAAGGAGGAGGAGGAGGAGGAGGAAGAAGAAGAAGAAAGGCUCCGGCGGCCGCAGCUGGAGACUUGCCCUUUCGUCUCUGAAGACGGAGACACGCUACUGCACCUGGCGAUCAUCCACGGUAUGCACUCUAUAGCACUCUGCUGCAUUGCCCAGUUGCCCAUGGAAGUCUUGGAGAUGCAGAAUGACUUAUUCCAGACCCCGCUACAUCUGUCCGUGUACCUGCAGCAGUCUGAUGUGGUGCAAGAAUUAGUUCUGAAAGGGGUGAACACAGCAUUACAGGACCGCAAUGGAAACACCCCACUACACUUGGCCUGUGAGCAGCAGAGCCUGGACUGUGCCCUGCUGCUGCUGCUGCAGCCGGAGCCGGUCUUUGGCAGGCCCUCGGAGUCCAGGAGAGCCCUACAAUACCUGCAGCUUCAGAACUGGCAAGGCUUGACCUGCCUGCACAUCAGCACCUUAAAAGGCAAUCUGCAGCUGAUGGCACUGCUGGUGAAGAACGGGGCUGACAUAAACGUUCAGGAUGGUACAAGUGGAAAGACGCCUCUUCACUUAGCGGUGGAGAACCAUGACGAGAUGGCUGUGAAGCACCUUCUGCAAAUGGGAGCCCAGGUGGAUGCUCGGAUGUACAACGGCUGCACCCCGCUUCACCUAGCUGUAGGCAGGAGAGACGCUACCAUUGCUGCCAUCCUCUGUCACUCGGGGGCAGACACCUUGCUGAGGAACAUGGAGGACGAGACAGCCCAGGACCUGGCUGAUGGCAACGAUGAUAUACUUACUCUCCUGCCUUUUGAUGACUUGAAGAUCUCUGGGAAGCCUGUGGUGUGUUCCAGUUGAGCAUCCUAAGACUUGAAUUAGGUCGUCACCUUUUUGGGAGAUGGUGGGCCAGAACACUGCUGCUGCUACAGGUUGACCAGACCAGAGCUGGCUCCCAGAA